UUUUGGUCAAAAAACCCUACUACUGCCCCGGCGCUCCCAGGUUGCUUGCGCCUUACCCAUCGUCUAGAGCCUUCAUCAUCCACCAAAGAUCUCUACUCCACCGCUCCUAUUCUCUAUUACAACGUCUGAAUCUAAUCUAGCACACUCUUUUGUUCGAUUGUGAUUUUGUGUUAGUUUUACGGGCCAUGUCGGAAUUGGACCAGACGCUUCCUCGCCCGGAUAUUGAGGAGGAUAUCAAGGCCUUGCAGCUUGAUUCAUCUGCUGAAGAUGGUGUCACGGCUAAUGCAGACGAUGGGAAGCCUGACGUAGUUAUCAAUUCUGAUGAAACGGAUGUAGGCUUGACGGAUGUGGCACAUCCUAACUCCAAACCAGUGCAAGACGAGCCAGAAGUUGUUGUAGAAGUCAAAGAAAAGGAAGCCCCUCCUCCAGAUGAUCUUGAAGAUGAGGUGGAGGAUCAAAAGAAGCGACACUUGAAUGUUGUAUUUAUUGGUCAUGUUGAUGCUGGGAAGUCGACAAUUGGAGGGCAAACAUUAUUUCUCAGUGGUCAGGUUGAUGAGCGAACCAUCCAAAAGUAUGAAAAAGAAGCUAAAGAUAAAAGUAGAGAGAGUUGGUAUAUGGCUUAUAUCAUGGACACAAAUGAAGAGGAGAGGGCUAAGGGAAAAACAGUUGAAGUAGGAAGAGCGCACUUUGAAACAGAAACGACCAGAUUUACUAUAUUGGAUGCCCCGGGUCACAAAAGCUAUGUACCUAACAUGAUCAGUGGGGCAUCACAAGCAGAUAUAGGUGUACUUGUAAUUUCUGCUCGGAAGGGAGAAUUUGAAACAGGUUAUGAGAGAGGUGGACAGACACGUGAACAUGUGCAACUAGCUAAGACAUUGGGAGUCUCUAAGCUUCUGGUUGUUGUGAACAAAAUGGAUGAGCCAACUGUUAAAUGGUCAAAAGAAAGAUUUGAUGAGAUUGAGUCGAAAAUGGUAUCAUUUCUGAAGUCUUCAGGUUAUAAUGUGAAAAAAGAUGUUCAGUUUCUUCCGAUAUCUGGUCUUCUGGGGACAAAUAUGAAAACCAGAGUGGAGAAAAGUGUAUGCCCAUGGUGGAAUGGUCCAUGCCUUUUUGAAGCGCUUGAUGCUAUUGAAGUUCCACUGCGUGAUCCAAAGGGUCCAUUCAGAAUGCCUAUUAUUGACAAGUUUAAAGACAUGGGAACUGUUGUCAUGGGAAAAAUAGAAUCUGGGAGUGUUCGUGAAGGUGAUAGUUUGCUCGUCAUGCCAAAUAAGGUACCUGUGAAGGUCCUUGGCAUCUACUGUGAUGAAGACAAAGUAAGGCGUGCAGGACCUGGUGAAAACUUGCGAGUAAGGGUGUCUGGGAUUGAGGAGGAGGAUAUCAUAGCUGGUUUUGUUAUGUGUAGUGUUGCAAAACCAAUACAUGCUGUUUCUGAGUUUGUUGCCCGCUUACAGAUUCUGGACACAAUUGAUAAUGCAAUCUUUUGUGCUGGUUACAAGGCUGUUCUACACAUCCAUGCAGUAGUGGAGGAAUGUGAAAUUGUUGAACUGAUGCUGCAGAUUGAUCCAAAAACCAAAAAAACUAUGAAAAAGAAACCUCUCUUUGUUAAGAAAGGUGCUGUUGUUGUAUGCCGUGUUCAGGUAAAUAACUUGAUAUGCGUUGAGAAGUUCUCUGAUUUUGCACAGCUUGGACGAUUCACUCUUCGUACUGAAGGGAAAACUGUUGCUGUGGGAAUGGUGACUGAUCUCCCUACUGCAAGUGAAUAGUUUGUAACAGUUUGUCCAUGAGAUGUAAGGUGGGCAACUCAUUCCAACGUUCUACCUCAGCAAUCAAAAUGAAAGCAUGAGCUACUUUUAUUGGAAUGGCAGGUUGAUCAGUAUACAGAGUCGUGAUUGUCAUCAUGUUGCCCUUACGGAGUAGUUUGCCAUUAUUUGUAGCUUUCUAUAUGAAGCUUUGUUGAGAUUUUCCCAAGUCUUGUCAAAUAUAAUGCGGGUUGUCCUAAACUGAGGUGUAUAUGAUUGAGAGGUGGUUAUACCUGGUCGAUAUGCCUGCACAAUUUAUUUGUGUUGGUAGGUGGUUGUUUUAGCAGAACAACAAUAUACAGUUGACGGAUAGAAAAAUGUGUUAACCUGGUAAUUGUACUUGGCACAGAGUUGUUCCACCAUUUUCUGUUUAAUGGAAAGAAAUCACUCAGACGCA